AGCCGGGGCUGGUCCCCCGUAGGAGCCACCCUUGUCUGCCCCGAGCGCCGGGGCGGGGCGAUGUUAGGUCUGGGGGAGGCCCGCGGAGCUUCCUCGUCUGCGCGGGGGGCAGGAGGCUGUGGGAGCUCUGCCCCCGCGGCCUGAGGGGGCCGCUCAGAGAGCCCCUCCCCUCCCGGCUCCUGCAUGGAGUGCGGCGGGCCGGGCGCGAGUGAAGCCACGCGGGGGGAGGAUAAAGAAAAAAAGAAGAAAGAGAGCAUUUUGGAUCUCUCAAAAUACAUUGACAAAACAAUUCGAGUAAAAUUCCAAGGUGGUAGGGAAGCUAGCGGAGUCUUGAAAGGAUUUGACCCUCUUCUAAACCUUGUGCUUGAUGGCACUAUUGAAUAUAUGAGAGAUCCAGAUGAUCAAUACAAACUAACAGAGGAUACCCGUCAGCUGGGACUGGUGGUUUGCAGAGGAACAUCUGUGGUUCUUAUUUGUCCACAGGAUGGAAUGGAAGCUAUUCCAAACCCUUUCAUUCAGCAGCAGGAAGGCUAACAUUUUCUUGGGACUCAUUGAAGCCUCAAGGCUGCAAAUCAUUGGAGAUAAUGGACAGUGUGUGAGAAACCUUCCCAUUUUGGGGAAUAGAUUUUUUGGUUUUUUUUUUAAAUGUUCAUUUUAUAAAGGUUGGAAGGACCUUGACCUUUUUACUUUGCCAUUUGCCACGGUGAUAGCAGGAGCACUGAAUGACAACUGCAAAAUAAGAUCUAAUUUUGUUCAAUAAAGAAAAACUUCAUUACUGCUCUA